AAUAAUGUCAAUAAACAUAAUGUAAGUUAAUAUAAUUAAACUUAGGUAGUUUGUUUGUACAAUAUGCAUGUAUAAUGUCAGUGAGUGUCAAAUGAGGCCGAAGAAAGAGCAUGACAAAUGCUACCUCAAAUAAUCGAAGUAACAAAAUUUGAAAAUAAUAAUUAUAACAUGACGAAAACUUACAUGAUUUAUUUCAAUUGUUUAGCUUAAGCAUAGAGCUUCAGAAAUGCAAAUGCCACCAUGCACAUCGCUCUCGGCACUCGGCAGCUACAGACACAAACAAAACAAAACGUUGCCGCCACCGUGGUCAGCGUUAGGAAGGUCGUGUCUACCCUGUGCCUCUCUUACUAUUAUCUGUUACGGGCCCUGCUGCGUAACCUGAACCCCAGAGCACAUCACCACCCACCCUGCCAAUGCCAAGAACUGCGAGGGUAAGACAACUGCACGUUAUUGAAGGAUGAGCCAAGACAUGUCAGAUUGGAAUCCCUGUCAAUGAAAUCUUGGAAAAGAGAAGAGGAGUGUGAUAAACCAUAGGUCAUAAAAGUAAACUUCAAAAGUGAAGAAGUGUCACUGCAGUGAUGUCGGUUGUGAUUGAAACCACCAUUGGGGAUGUUACUAUAGACCUGCACACUGACGCCAGACCCAGAACAUGUAUGAACUUCUUGAAGCUGUGCAAGAUGAAAUACUACAACUUUUGCCUGAUGUUCAGUAUUCAGAGAAACUUCAUUGCCCAAACAGGGGAUCCAUCAGCAUCAGGGAAAGGAGGUGAAAGCAUAUUCCAGAUGAUGUAUGGAGAUCAAGCAAGAUUCUACGAGGGGGAGAAGCUUCCCAUCAUGAAACACAGCAAGCUUGGAACAGUGUCCAUGGUGUCCUGCGGCAACCACUUAUUUGGUUCCCAGUUCUUCAUCACUCUUGGAGAAGACUUGGACUCACUGGACUCUGAACAUCUUGUCUUUGGCCAGGUGGUCGAAGGCCUUGAGGUUAUCAAUAGACUCAAUCAAACCUUGACAGAUGAAAAAUACCGUCCUUACCAGGAUGUCCGGAUCUCACACACUGUCGUGCUGGACGAUCCAUACCCUGAUCCAAAGGAGCUACAGUUCCCUACAGAGAGUCCAAAGCCAACACCAGCUAUCUUUGAGUCUGAUUAUAUUGCUGCAGAUGAGGCUAUUGAUGACAAUGAAGGGAAAUCCCUUAUAGAAAUCCAAGAAGAAAUUCAAGAGAAGGAAGCCAAAGCCAGAGCCACAAUCCUAGAAAUGGUUGGAGACUUGCCUGAUGCUGAGAUGGCCCCUCCAGAAAAUGUCUUAUUUGUCUGCAAACUCAACCCAGUUACAACAUCAGAGGAUUUGGAGAUAAUUUUCAGUAGAUUUGGUAAGAUCAACACAUGUGAAGUGAUACGUGAUAGAGUGACCAACAAUUCUCUUCAAUAUGCCUUCAUUGAGUUUGCUGAGACCAAGUCAUGUGAGGAUGCAUACUUCAAGAUGGACAAUGUUCUGAUAGAUGAUCGCAGGAUUCAUGUGGACUUCAGUCAGUCUGUGUCCAAGAUCAAGUGGCGUGGGAAGGGUCGAGGGGUUGAGUAUUUUGAUGAUGAUGGAAAGAAGAUGGAUGAAAGAAAGGGACGAGAGAGAUUUCAGCCUAACCGAGAACACAACAGCAAUAGUCACUCAAGAGGGAGACAUAAAGGACUUCCACAAGGUCACCAGCCUCAGGGGAGGAGGAUGUAUGGGGCAGAACAUAGGAAUUUCCAAGGAGGAGAGAGAAGGCAUAGUAGUCAUCAAGGACCGGAUGAUCGAAAUGGUUCUCAUAGGAGUCACUUUAAUGAAAGACAGUCCCAGAGGAAUGAGUCCUUUGCCAGAAGAACACAGAGGGAUGAGAGACAUGAAAGGCACAGUUCAAAUAAACGGGACUAUGGUGACCUGGAAGAAGAGAUUGCAAUGAAAGAUGAUGCUUCAAGGGAAAAAAUGCUAAAGCACCUCAAGAAAUCUUUGAAAAAGAAAAAAAAGAAAUCCAAGAAGCAUUCAAGUGACAGUGAGAAUUCAGUUGAAGAUAGGAAAAAGAAAAAUAAGAGGAAAAGAAAUUUAAGUGAUUCUGAUACAUCAAUGGAGGAAGUGAAGAAAAAGAAGAAAAAGAAGAAGAAAGUCAGUGACAGCAGUGACUCAGAUUCUGAACCAAAGAGAAAAAGCAAAAAAAAAAAGAGAGUCAGUGACAGUAGUGAUUCAGAUUCUGAACCUAAGAAGAAGAAUAAGAAAAAAAAGAAAAAAAAGAAGAGACAUAAUUCUUCCUCUGAUAGUUCAGAUUGAUGGAUCUUGGUUUUAGUAUGACUGGUGAAGAAAAGAUUUUGUGACAGUUCAGUUUGUAAGUUGUGACAUGAAUAACACUUUCAAAAAAUCAUCCUUUUGGCAAUGCAGUUUUAUAGUGUACAUAAAUUACAGCUUUGUAAAUUUCUUAGUAAUCACUUUCCAGUAACAUAAUUGCUGGUGAUUAGGAUAUUUAAUUUUACAUAAUUAUAAGUGUCUAUUUUGUACCCAGUAAAAAAAAAAUAUCUAACACUCCUCAAAAGAAAA